AAACGAAUGAUGUCCUCCUUGCAAAAUUAAAAAGAGUCUCCUUUCCUUCUUUCUUCUUCCCGGUAUUGUGUGCAGACCAAGCAUACCCUCUCCCUCUCUCUCUACAUCUCUCUCUCUCUCUCUCUGCAUCUCGCUCUCGCUCUGCUGCGAGAGUUGAAGAUGGGAAGAGCGUUCGUGUACGUCAUCCUCGGAGGCGGCGUCGCGGCCGGCUACGCCGCCCUCGAAUUCGCCAAGCGCGGCGUCUCCCCCGGUGAACUCUGCAUCAUCUCCGAAGAGCCUGUCGCGCCAUACGAGAGACCUGCAUUAAGCAAAGGCUAUUUGUUAUCUGAAGUUCCUGCACGGCUUCCAUCAUUCCACACUUGUGUUGGUGCAAAUGAAGAAAGACUAACUCCUAAGUGGUACAAAGAACACGGAAUUGAGUUGGUGCUUGGAACUCGUGUUAAGUCUGCUGAUGUGAAGCGGAAGACACUAUUGACAGCUACUGGAGAGACGAUAAGCUAUAAAAUUCUUAUCAUUGCGACAGGUGCACGGGCUUUAAGGCUUGAAGAAUUUGGAGUGACUGGAUCAGAUGCUGAAAAUGUAUGCUAUCUAAGGGAUUUAGCUGAUGCAAAUAGACUUGUUGAUGUGAUGCAAUCAUGCACCGGUGGCAAUGCUGUUGUCAUUGGUGGUGGUUACAUAGGAAUGGAAUGUGCAGCAUCACUUGUGAUCAACAAAAUAAACGUGACAAUGGUUUUUCCUGAAGCACAAUUCAUGGCCCGCUUAUUUACACCCAAAAUCGCAAGUUUCUAUGAGCAAUAUUAUGUGUCCAAAGGAGUGAAGUUCGUUAAAGGAACGGUACUGUCAUCAUUUGAGAUUGAUUCCAAUAAAAAGGUCACAGCUGUUAUUCUUAGGGAUGGUAGUCGGCUACCUGCAGACAUGGUUGUGGUUGGGAUUGGAAUUCGUCCAAACACGACCCUGUUUGAAGGACAGCUCACAUUGGAGAAGGGUGGUAUCAAAGCCAAUGGACGGCUGCAAGCAAGCUAUGAGUCAGUGUAUGCUGUUGGAGAUGUUGCCACAUUUCCAGUCAAAUUAAUUAGAGAAAAUCGUAGGCUUGAGCAUGUUGAUUCAGCACGAAAAUCAGCACGACAUGCCGUUGCUGCAAUAAUGGACCCAGAAAAAACCGGGGAAUUUGAUUACCUCCCAUUCUUCUACUCUAGAGUCUUUGCAUUAUCGUGGCAGUUCUAUGGGGACAAUGUAGGGGAAGUCAUCCAUUUCGGUGAUUUCACAGGAGGUAAAUUUGGUGCGUACUGGGUUCACAAAGGCCACUUGGUGGGUUCAUUUCUCGAAGGUGGCACCAAGGAAGAGUACGAGACCAUAGCCAAUGCCACCAGGCUCCAGCCUGUGAUCGAUGACUUGGCCAUGCUGGAAACUCAGGGUCUGGGCUUUGCAUUGGCUGUUAGUCAAAAACCAUCCCCUUCGCCUCCUAUGGAAAUUAGUAGUUCCGCUUCCACUGUUGUUUUGGAGAAACCAGUCUAUGUUUGUCAUGCAACAGUUGGCGUGCUGGUGGCCACAGCAGUUGCUGCAUUUGCGUACUGGUAUGGGAGGAGACGUCGAAGGUGGUGAGGACCUAAUUUAUCAUCUCAGCUCUUGUGAGUUACUCAUGAAUCGAUACCCCUGUUGUAGCAAUUGAUAGAGUAGGAUACUCAAUUUACUCAACUAGAUGCAAUCAGUCCCAGCCCAAAGAGAGAAAAAUGAAGCUGCUUUGUUUUACACUGUGGAGUACAAGAGCAGAUAUGCACAUAAGGGUUGUAAACUAUUAUCCUUAAUGUGAUUUCAGUUUACGACUUUGAGCAUCUGAUAUCGCGGGUCUAGUUUGAUGAGCA